AUGGCAGGAGAUCUACGGGGACGGCAAGGCUCCCAGGAGCCCGAGGUCUCGACGAAAGAGUCCUCGCCGGGCUUCUCGCCGUUCGAGUCCGGAUCGUCCGUGACGUCCAUCGACGGCCCUAACCCAGCCGUCCUGGUGGGCUAUGCCUGCCGGGUGGCCGGCGCAGACCGACCCAGUAAAUUAUGGGACAACAUCGUCGAGCAGAAGGAUGUAAGAUGCAAGAUGCCGGCGAAUCGAUUCGAUGUGGACAACUUCUUCCACCCAGAUGGCACCCAUAAGGGCACGACCCUAACGCUUGCUGAUACACCGGUACUGUUUCAGACCAAUGCCAAAUACGGAUAUUAUCUCGAUCAAGACUUGGGCCACUUUGAUCGCAGCUUUUUCCGCAUCUCCGGCAAGGAGGCCGAGGCAAUGGACCCCCAACAACGCCUGAUCCUCGAGGUGGUGUAUGAGGCUUUGGAAGAUGCCGGCAUCACCCUCGAGGAAAUGAACGGCUCGCGCACCUCUGUCCUGUGCGGGUCGUUUACUAAUGAUUAUAAUGCAAUGCUCACGAAAGAUCUUGAAUAUUAUCCCAGCUACACAGUCACCGGCACCGGCAAUGCCAUCCUCUCGAAUCGCGUCUCUUAUGUUUUCAACUUGCAAGGAAUGAGUUUAACCAUCGAUACUGCCUGUUCCUCAUCGCUGGUGGCUUUCCAUCUGGGAGCCCAGUCCAUCCAGAGUGGCGACUGUGACACAUCGAUCAUUGUGGGAUCCGCCCUGCAUUUCGACCCCAACAUCUUCAUCACCAUGACCGACUUGGGCAUGCUCUCGGAGGAAGGACGCAGUCGUGCCUUUGCCGCCGGCGUCAAGGGAUACGCCCGUGGUGAUGGUGUCUGCGCGGUGAUUCUGCGAGGCCAGCGACAGGCCGAGUUGCAUGGCGAUGAUAUUCGAGCCAUUGUCCGAGCCACCGGAUCCAACCACGACGGCACGAAGCAGGGAAUUACGCUCCCGUCCUCGGACGGACAAGAGGAGCUCAUCCGAAAGACAUACCGAUCGGCAGGAUUAGACCCCGUCGAUACCACAUACGUGGAAGCCCACGGCACAGGGACGGGGCGGGGUGAUCCAUUAGAAACCAAGGCCUUGGGGGCAGUCUUUGGCUCCAAGCGUCGCACACGGCCUCUGUAUGUAGGCUCAAUUAAAAGCAACAUCGGCCACACCGAGGGAGCCUCCGGCUUGGCUGGUAUCAUCAAGGCCACCAUGGCGUUAGAGAAGGGCAAGAUUCCCCCCAACAUGCAUUUCAAGAUUCCCAACCCCGAGAUCAAGUUCGAAGAUUGGCAGAUCGAAGUUCCCACCGAGCUGGUCGACUUCCCUCUCAAUGCUCACGGCCGUCGAAGAGUCAGUAUCAACUCGUUCGGCUACGGAGGCGCCAAUGCACACGUCGUUCUCGAGGACUAUCGGCCACAUACCAUCCAGGAACGCCCUCCAUCAACCAUCCCUCCGAUCUUCGAGGAGGCGGUGCAAAACCGCCCGUUACUCGUGCCUUUGACCUCCCAUUCUGACAAGGCCGGCGAUCUCCUCACGGAGCGAUUGGGAGAAUACCUGGAACGCCAGGAAAACAGCCAUGUGUCCGACCUCGCCGUGAGUCUUUCCACGGCUCGCUCGAUGCAUGAGCAGCGGUCCUAUGCCAUUGGCAGCAAUGCCACCACCAUCCAAGAGAGCCUGCGGAAAGUCCCGGCGUGGACCAAGACCAGCAAGCAGGUCCCACGCCUGGGAUUCGUGUUCACCGGCCAGGGAGCCCAGUGGUAUGCCAUGGGUCGUCAGCUGAUGGAGCAAUCGCCCAUCUUCUUGCAGACGCUGCAACGAGCCGACCAGGUGCUCAAGGCCCUUCCGGACGGUCCCAAGUGGUCGGUGGUGGAAGAGCUCUCGCGAACCAAGGAGGACUCGCAAUUGAGCCAAACGCACCUGUCGCAACCCAUCUGCACGGCCCUGCAAUUGGCCAUUCUCGAACUCCUCAAGACCUGGGGGGUCGAGCCAACGGCCGUCGUGGGACACUCGUCGGGUGAAAUGGGCGCUGCAUUUGCGGCCGGAAUUCUCUCGUUCGAGAGUGCCAUGUACGCGGCAUACUACCGAGGCCUGCACAUGUCCAACGGGGCAGCCCAGGCUGGUCCCGAUGCCAUCGUGGGGGCGAUGAUGGCCGUUGGACUGGGCGAGUCCGAGGCUGCGGCUGAGCUGGCGCCCUACAAAGGCCGCGCCGUCAUCGCGGCGGUCAACAGUCCGUCCAGCGUCACCUUGUCCGGUGACGAGGACGCCAUCAUCGAGGUCCAGAAGAGUUUGGAGGCUCGCAAGAUCUUUGCCCGCCGGCUGCAAGUCGCCCAAGCGUUCCAUUCCCACCACAUGUUCCCACUCGCGCCCGCCUAUGCGAAGGCCCUCAACGAAUGCGCCGGCUUCUCCCCCCAACCAUCGGACAAGGCGCGCAUGUUCUCCAGUGUCACGGCGCGAGUGGCCGAUGCCGAGCAGAUGGGUGCCGAGUACUGGACCGCUAACAUGACGGGCACGGUCCGAUUCUCCGAUGCGCUCGUGGGCAUCCUGAUCGACGAUUCCGAGAACCAGAACGUGGACGUGCUGGUCGAGAUUGGCCCCCAUGCGGCGCUCAAGGGCCCAGCUCGGCAGGUGAUGAAGAGCCUGAACAUGGAUCUGCCCUACUUUGCCUCCCUCACGCGCGGCACCCCCGACUACGAGGGCAUCCUCGGGCUGGCCGGGCAGCUGUUCCAAGUUGGAUAUCCUGUUGACCUGGUGGCCGUCAAUAGCGACGCCUAUUUGACCGACUCUGGCAUCGCCUGCACCGCACCCCGGGGACGUCGCCUCAAGGAUCUGCCCAGCUAUCCGUGGGAUCACUCGGAGCGCUACUGGGCGGAAACGCGAUUGAUCCACAACCACCGGCUGCGCUCGCAUCGGCACUCGCUGCUGGGCGCCAAAAUGGCGGGCUCGAUCGAGAACCAUGUGCGGUGGCGCAAUUACCUGCGCAUCCGCGAGCUGCCGUGGCUUGCAGACCAUGUCAUCGACGGCAAGGUGCUUUUCCCUGCAGCCGGCUACAUGAGCCUUGCAUUCGAGGCGGUUGCGCGCGCCCGCGAUGGUCUCAAAGCCACCGAUGGCUUUGCCCUGCGGAAUGUGUCCAUCAAGUCGGCGUUGGUGCUGGAUGACUCGGACAUGGGCACCGAGCUGAUUGUCGACAUCCAUCCCCAGGUCACCUCGGCCAAGUCACGCUCCGACACGUGGUAUGAGUUCGAGAUCUUCUCCUAUGACAGCCUGUACAACUGCACCGAGCACUGCUCGGGUCUGGUCGCCGUCGAGGAACUCUCUGGAACGUCCGCCGCGCAGGAUCGCGAAGGCCGGCUGAAGAGCAGCACGGCCUGGUCGCCGGUCAGUCGCUACUAUCGCCAUCUCAGCGACAUCGGGCUCCAGUACGGCGACGAAUUCCGGCUACUGAAUGGCAGCAUUGAGUCGGGGCCUGGGUUUGCCUGCGCCAGCCUCAGCUUCAGCCCGGAGAAAUAUGCCAACCAGCCCGCGGACGUGACCUUCGUGCACCCGACCAUGCUGGACGCAACUUUCCACACCAUCUUCCCGGCCUUGGAGCAGGUGUUGGGCCGUGACCUGGAUGAGGCGUACAUCCCGACCUUUGUCGAGAGCUGCCAUAUCUACCCGGAGAUGCUUACCAUCAAGGAUGCCCAGGGGCCCCAGGAGGUGUGGGUGGACACCACGACGCACAAGUCAGGGUUCCGCUCGGCCAUCAGCCACCUGAGCGUCGAGACCGCCGAGGGUCACCAGCCGCUGCUGUCUUUCUCAGGGCUGCGGGUGACCUCGCUGGGCAGUGGCGGUGACUCCAAUGACCGUUCGCUGUUCUUCCGUGUCCGAUGGCAGGCGGCCUUUGACCAACUUACUUCGGAUUCAUCGCUGCUGUCGCAGGCAUCGCUUGCCGAGCUGCUCGACAUGUUCGUCCACCAGCACCCGAAUACCAAGAUUCUCCAUCUUACCUCUGGGGUCGAGGAUACCGAGCAGGUGCUCCAGUCCCUGGGCGGCCCUAACCGGGAGCGACGCCGACUGAAGUCCCUGACUCCAAUUGCAGGAGCCUCGGUGGCCUCUGGGGAAGACUGGGAGCAGCUGGCGGGCAAAUGGCCUGGUCUUGUCACGCUCGACGAGCCCUCCGAGCAGGAUUAUGAUCUCGUCCUGGUGACUGGCGCUAAGCAGAGUAGAGUUGUACCGUUCCUGAAGGAGGGUGGCCAUGUCAUUGCCUAUUCCAACAGUGUCGCGGAGCCCGAGCUGGAGACUCUUUUCCAGACCCCAGCAGUCUCGGUCUGGAAAACCGCCACGAGCCCGGCUGGUGAGCCCAGCCCCAAGCCCCUGGUAAUCGUGCAUUCGUCGCCUCCCUCCAGCCGGACGGUCGAUCUCAUCUCCCGACUGGCCGCCACCAUGAAGCAUCGCCCAACAUCCUGCGUCGGGUUUGGGGACCUGGCAAAGACCCCGAUUGCAGAUGCGGACGUGGUCGUUCUGGCCAGCUUGGACGGUCCUCUGUUCAUGCAGCGAGACCAGAACGGCGAAACCACAUUCGAUGCCGCUCGGAACCUGCUCCUGCGCCCCAACCUCAACCUCGUGUGGCUCCUUGAAGGCGCCACCGACCAAGUAGCCGAGAACCCGCUGAACGCCAUGAUCAUUGGUCUGGCUCGCGUGGCCCGCAUGGAGAACGAGGGCUCGCGCAUCGUGACCCUGGACCUUCCGGUGGACUGCACGGCCCAAUCCGCAGUCCCCUUUGUCAACCAGCUCUUGGAUCGUGAGGUCGCGGACGAGGAAUGGUCCCUCCGCGACGGAGCCCUCUUCAUCCCCCGUAUCGAGGCCGAUGAUGGGCUGAACUCCAAGGUGCGCGGGGGUGUCAACUCGGGCGAGAAGAUCGGGGCUUUCGGCAGCGAGCGUCCCAUCAAGCUGACCAUCGGUCAAGUGGGCCGGCUGGAGAGCCUGGUCUGGGAGGAUGACGAGGAGAUUCUGGAUAAGGAGCUGUCCCCUGACGAGAUCGAGAUUGCAGUGAAGGCCUCGACGGUGAAUGCCCGCGACGUUGCUGCGGCGACAGGCACCAUCGACGACUUCCGUCUGGGCGAUGAAUGCGCCGGCCUGGUGCUGCGCGUCGGAUCCCAGGUCGACCCGGCCAAAUUCCAACCCGGCGACAAGGUGCUGGCCAUCCGUCCUGGUCAGGGCGCUCAUCGUUCUGUGGUCCGUAACCCUGCCUCGUGCUGCUUCCGACUGGGGCCCAUGCCCUUCGAGGACGCGGCCGCCCUGCCCCAGAUCUUGGUGACGCCCUACUACGCGCUCGUGGAGAUUGCCCGCUUGCAGGCUGGCGAGAGUGUGCUGGUUCAUGCUGCUGCCAGUGGAGUGGGCCAAAUGGCCGUCCAGAUUGCUCAGAUGAUUGGAGCCACUAUCAUCGCCACGUCUGGGACCGACGCCGAGCGGGAGCUGCUGGUGACUCGCUAUGGUCUCCCUCAAGAAAAGAUCUUCUCGUCGCGCGACAUCAGCUUCGUGGAAGGGGUUCAGAAGGCCACGGGCGGCCGGGGAGUCGACGUGGUCCUGAACAGCCUGUCCGGCAAGCUCCUCCACGGAUCCUGGAGCUGCGUGGCGGCAUUCGGUCGGUUUAUUGAAAUCGGCAAGCAGGAUAUCAAUGAGAAUGCCAUGAUCGAGAUGGCUCCCUUCCAGCGCAACGUGCUCUUUGCCUCGGUGGACCUGGUGACUUUGUAUGCCACCAACCAAGCCCUAGGUGCCCGGCUAUUCCAAGAGGUCUGCGAUCUAUGCCACGUCGGCAAGCUGGGAAUGCCCGAGACCGUUCUGGGGGUGUCUUACUCCGAGGCCCCCCAGGCAUUCCGCAUUGUCCAGAGCGAGGGCCACAUCGGACAGGUGGUGCUGGUGGCCAACGACGAGACGCAGGUGCCUAUCCGGCCGCCCACCUGGAACCGACGCGCGAACCAAUUCAGCGCCGACAAGACGUACCUGCUGGCAGGCGGUCUCGGUGGUCUGGGACGCACACUGGCCGAGUGGAUGUUGCAGCGCAACGCCAAGAACCUCGUCUUCCUGUCGCGAUCGGGAGAGACUCGUGAGGAGGCCAAGUCUACCGUUUCCUGGCUGCGGGCGCAUGGGAUCCAAGUGACAGUGUACAAGGGCGAUGUGGCCAACCUGGCCGAUGUCGAGGCGUGUGUGAGCGCGAUCCCCAACCUGGGGGGUGUCUUCCACGCCGCCAUGGUUCUGGCCGAUGCGGCCUUGGAGAAUAUGACUUAUGCGCAGUGGCACCAGUGCGUGCAGCCCAAGGUGGUUGGCGCAUACAACCUCCAUCAGGCGACCAAAAACCUCCCCUCCUUGGACUUUUUCGUUGCUUUCUCCUCCGUUUCGGCUUGCUUUGGUACCAAGUCGCAGGGCAACUACGCGGCAGCCAACACGUACAUCGAUGCCCUAGUCCGCCACCGGCGCCAGAUCGGCCUUCCCGGCUCGACGAUGAACUGCGGGCGUAUUACGGGCAUUGGUGUCGCAGCAGAAGCGGCCUCGCUGGAACGGUUCAUGGAGCAGGAGGGCUUCGACGGUGUCAACGGACAGGAGCUGUUGCAGCAGGUCGAGGAGGCUGUCUUUUCCGACCAGACGUCCACCGUCUCGUCUCGGGGCGUCGAUCUGUAUCAAACCGUGACGGGCGUCAUUCUCACGCGCGACGACGUGUACUGGGCGGCUCACUCGCUCUUCAAGAACCUGUACCAGAACCACGACUUCGACCGCCGGUCCGGUCAGAAGCCGGGCGAGGUCAGCCUGCCGGUGCUGUUCGCGCAGGUCACUGACCCGGAGCAGCGGGCCUCGUUGCUGCUGGAGCGAUUUGUCGAGAAGCUGGCCGUAUCUCUCGGCGUGCCCAAGGAAUCGCCCAAGCCAGCCGAUCCCAUCUACGGUCUGGAUUCCCUGCUGGCCGUGGACCUGCGAAACUGGUUUACCAAAACUCUGGGGGUCGAUAUCGCCUUGUUUGACGUGAUGGGGGCUCCCUCCAUCCGCUCGCUGAUUGACAAGGCCGUGACCCUGUACAAGGAUCAAGAGCUGAAGAGCGGCAAGCCCACGCCACAGAAGGCCAGCGGUGCCUCUGCUCCUACCGGACCUUCGUCCGAGGGUGCCGCAACCCUUGAGAUCCCCAAGGCCGACAUGACGCAGCCCCUUCCCUUGUCGACCUUCCAGAACCGGCUCUGGUUCUCGCACAGCUUUGCCCAAGACAAGUCCUUCCUUAAUAUCCCGGUUGUCAUGCAUCUGCGUGGCACGCCAGAUCUCUCUCUUCUGCGGCAGACUCUUCAGGAGCUGCAAGCCCGGAAUCCUAUCCUGCGCACAGCCUACCAGGAGGGUGACGACUUUGCCGAGCAAACCAUCAUCGACGCGACUGGAUUCGUCAUCAAAUUCCGGGACGUUUCGGCCAAUGCAAACCCCAGCGAGGCCCUCCAGACCCUGGUCUCGACGCUGAAGCGCAAAGAGUUGGACAUUGAAGUCGGCGAGCUGAUCGACGCCACGCUCGUCAAGAUGACCCCCGAGAACUACGCGCUGGUGCUCAUCAUGCAUCACAUCUGCACUGACCGGGGCAACACCCAGCCUCUUCUUACGCAGAUCACCACCUUGUACGACACCCUCCGCAGUGGACGUAGCUUGUCGGCCAUCCCCGCCCCCAAGGUCAACUACGCCGACUUCACCCUCUGGCACAACCAGCUGCUCUCGUCUGACUCGAUUGUCCCCCAUGUCGACUACUGGCGGCAGACCCUGGCCGGCAUGCCGACGGCGAGCCAGCUGCUCCCCUUCGCCAAAGCCGAGCGCCCCUCGUGGGAUGAUUACUCGCGGGCCACCAUCACGGCCCAGCUGGAAGCCACGCAGCUCAAGCGUAUUAAGCGGAUCUGCUCACAGGCCAAGAGCAGUCCAUUCCAGUUCCUGUUUAGCGCUUUCCGGGCCUUCCUCUACCGCUACACGGCGGAUAAGGACCUGACCAUCUUGAUGGUGGAUGGCAACCGGCCCCAUGCCGAAUUCAAUGACCUGCUGGGUUUCUUCGUCAACAUGACCCCCAUUCGAUGUCAGGAUGCCUGCGAUGGCACCUUUGAGGAUCUUCUCAAAAUCAUGAGCGGUCGCAUUCUCGAGGGCAUGUCCCACAGCGUGGUGCCCUUCGACGUGAUUGUCAGCGAGACCAAGGUGGCUCGUAGUGCCGGACACUUCCCCUUGGGUCAAGUCAUGGUCAACUACCAGCAACCCGAGGGCCAGGCCGUCUACCAGGCAGGCGACUUUGCCCUGCACAAGCUCGAGGCGGAGAACAUGCCGUCCGGCUGCGAAUUGAGUCUAGAGGCGCGCGAGGAUUCCGACAAUGUGCUCCAGCUGCAGCUCGAGUUCUCGACCACGCUGUAUGGCGAGCAGGACAUGCGCGGGUUCUUUGGCAACUUCCAGACCUUCCUGAGCUCCGUCAUCAAGGAUCACCGACAGCCGAUCUCGACUGUCCCCGUCGCGGGUUCGAUGGAGAUGGACCGGUUGGGCGUCCACUUCUGGAACCACCAAUUGAAGCCUCAUCCCUGGGACAAUACCACGAUCGUCGAGCGGGUUCUGGGCUUCGCCGAGUCCCAGCCAGAUGUCAUUGCCAUUGCCACCUCCGAGGGCGAGACCAUCACCUACCGGGAUCUCGUCUUCGCGAGUCGCCGACUGGCCUUUUCGCUGCAGGAUGCUGGCGUCCGCCAUGGUCAGUACAUUGGCAUCCUUGCCGAUCCGGGCAUUCCCCUGGUGGUCAGCAUGCUCGGCGCCCUGUUCAACCGCUGCGGAUACCUCCCCAUGGACCCGACCAUGGCCGUCGGCCGUCUGUCUUUCAUUACGGAUGACUCCCAGAUGGGGCUGCUGCUCUUUGAUGAGGCGUCUCGCGUCCUGGCCUCCCAAGUCCGGGCCCAGAGCAAGUCCCCUUACGGCCUUCUGAGCAUCCGCGAUGCCACGGCGUCUUGUGUCCUGGCCGAUGUGCAUCCCUCCCUCCGGAGUGACCCGUGCUACAUGCUGUACACCUCGGGAAGCACCGGUAUCCCCAAGGGCGUGCGACUCUCGCAGAGCAACGUCCAUGAGAUGCUGGCCUCGAUGCAGCAGCACUUCAACUUCAGCCCCCGCGACCGGUUCCUGCACCAGAUCUCGCCCUCGUUCGACCUAUCAGUGGUGGAGCUGUGGUCCUCCCUGACAGCUGGUGCUCGUCUCUGCAUUGCCACCAAGGCCACGCGGCGCAACCCUAUGCUGCUGGGCGACUACAUGCGCCAGGAGUCCGUGACGGUCAGCUACUUCACCCCGACCCAGUUUGCUCUGGUCCUCGAGCACAACGGGGCCGCCCUGGUCGCAUGUCCCGAGUACCGCAUCGCGCUGCUGUGUGGCGAGCGGCUGCCCGCGCGCCUGGCGGAUGCCUUCCAGCGACUGGGCACGCAGGCGACGCUAUACAACUGCUGGGGGCCCACCGAGGCCGUGGUGCAGACCACCAUCCACGCCGUCGAGGGUCCCAUCGAUGAUCAGCUCAACAUUCCCAUCGGCUUUGCCCUGGGUAACUGCCGGCAUUACAUUGUCGACGACAACAUGAACCCCUUGCCCCCCGGCUUCAUUGGAGAGCUCUGCAUUGGCGGUCCUCAGGUGGCUCGUGGAUACUGGAACCGGCCUGAGGUGAACCGCAAGCAGUUUGUGCGCAACCCCUUCUGCUACGCCGAGGAUGAAGACCGUGGAUGGACCAUGUUGUUCCGCACCGGUGACCGCGCCCGGUUCCUCCCCGAUGGCCAGCUGGAGUUCUUGGGGCGGAUCUCCGGCGACAAACAGGUCAAGCUUCGUGGCUUCCGCAUCGAUCUCGGCGAGGUCGAAUACGUUAUGCAUCGCGAGUCCUUCACUCCUGACGGCCAGGGCAUCGUCGACCUGGCCGUCGUAGCCCGUUCGGUCGAGGAUGAUCCGGAAUCACUCACGGACGACCGCCAGCUGGUUGCCUUUGUCGUGCCCAAGAAGCCGCUGAAGACGGCGGCCGAGAAGAAGGAGUACGCCUUGCUGCUGCAGGACCGGGCCAAGUUCUCGCUGAAUGAAUACAUGCUUCCUAAUGCGUACCAGUUCCUCGAUGCCCUACCAACCACCACCAGUGGCAAAACCGAUCGGCGUGGCCUUCUCACCGUCCCGGUCGAGCUGACCCACCCGACGCAGGUGUCUGUCAAGUCAACCUCGGAUGAGGCUUCCUCUCAAGACGUCGAGGGCGCCGCCCCGAAAGACGCACGUCCGGACACCCUCGAGGCGGUUCGUCGAGCCUGGCAGGCCGUGCUGAAACUGGAUGGACUCCCCGAACCCACCGGCAACUUCUUCGACAUGGGCGGUCAGAGUCUCCUUUUCCUCCGUCUACAGGGCAAGCUAAAGAAGCAAUUCAAGGUGGCCCUCAGUCUACAGGAUAUGAUCCAGAACCCUACCCCCAAGCAUGUGGCCGAGUUGGUUGACCGACUCACCGGUGGUGGAACCUCCAACAGCACCACGACGACCACCCCCGACACCAACGACAAGAAGACCAUCCGGAGCCAGAAUGCCGAGCGUGUUGACUGGGUGGCUGAAACGACCCUGCCCAUGGAUUGUCGCUUUCAUCCCUCCGAGUCCAACCCCCCAGCAGCCGUGACCAACAUCCUGCUCACCGGCGCGGAUGGCUUCACGGGCAUCCAUCUCCUAGCCAAUCUCCUCACCACGCGUCCCGGCGUCACCGUCUACGUACUGGGCACCUACGCUCCACUGGACCACGGACAGAUCUUCCAGAAACUGAUGGAAUUCAAGCUAGUCAAUGGCAGCCUCACCCCGGAGCGAAUCCUGACGGGCAUCCAAGUCGUGCCCGGGUUCCUGGCCAACGAAACCCACUUUGGCCUGCCCACCGGAGACUUCAAGCGCCUGGCCACCUCGAUCCACGCCGUCUACCAUCUCGUGUCGGAGGUAUCCCUCCUCAAGACCUACCGGGACCUCAAACACAUCAACACCACCUCGACUCUCACCCUCAUCGAGCUGGCCAACCUCGGCGGCCAGGGCAGUCGCAUCCACUACCUGUCCACCUGGAGUGUUCCCCAUCUGCAAUCCUGGGAUCAGUCGCACCGCAACCUCUCCGGCAUCCAAGUCAACGAAAUGAGCCCCAUCCACUUCUCCCCUCCUGCGACAGUCGACAACGGCUAUUUCAAGACCCGUUGGGCCACCGAGAUGCUCCUCACUCGCGCCGCGGCUCGCGGGUUCCCAGUAACCAUCUACCGCUCGUCCGCCAUCUCCGGCAACACAGUCACUGGCGUUGCUUCCUCCGAUCAGGACAUCGUGCGCGGUAUGGUCAUGGACAUGGUUCGCCACGGAGUCGUUCCCCAAGCCGGCACUGCCUCCGACCCCUUCGUGAUCGACUUCAUCCCGGUCAACUACCUCUCCGAAGCACUAGGCCACCUGACCCUCGCCCAAGACACCGGCCGACAAUCCGGGCUGGAGGUCCUCCACAUCACCAAUCCCAAGCCCUUACCUCUCGACCAACUACCCCAAUUGACAAGCGCCAUCCGCGGUGACAACCAGACCGGCCGUUCCGUGACCGUGGAGCAGUGGCUCGAAGCCCUGGAACAGGCAGCCGGCGAAGACGAGCAGCUGCGACUGGAGACGCUGCGCGAUUACUUCCUAAAUGGACACAACAUGUUUGCGUUGGACUGCCGCAAGGCGAAUGCCCUCUUGGCGGAAGUGAAGGAUCUGGUGGAAUGUCCCCCGGUGGAUGAGAAGUAUUUGCGCGAGUUGUGGACGGGGACGGCGUGA